AUGGUCGGCAAGGACUGUGUCGCCAUCGCAUGCGAUCUUCGCCUUGGUCUCCAGGCCCUUACCGUUUCCAACGACUUCCCCAAGAUCUUCCAGUACGGCGAUGUCUUCCUUGGUCUGACUGGCCUGGCCACCGAUGUGAACACCGUGAGCGACCUCUUCCGCUACAAGGUCAACAUGUACCGCCUGCGUGAGGAGCGCGAUAUCGCACCUCGUACCUUCGCCAACCUCGUCUCUUCGUCCCUUUACGAGCGCCGUUUCGGCCCUUACUUUGUGUCUCCCGUUGUCGCUGGCUUAGACCCCAAGACCGGCAAGCCUUUUAUCUGCGGUUUCGACAGUAUUGGCUGCAUCGAUUUUGCCAAGGACUUUAUUGUCUCUGGUACCGCUUCAGAGCAGCUCUUUGGCAUGUGUGAGGGUCUCUGGGAGCCCGAUCUGGAGCCCGAUGCCCUUUUCGAGACCAUCUCCCAGUCUUUGCUCAACGCCGUUGACCGUGAUGCUCUUUCCGGCUGGGGUGCCCACGUUUACAUUAUCGAGAAGGACAAGGUUACCAAGCGAUUACUAAAGGGACGACAGGAUUAG